UUAAAAAUGAGGCUUGAAUCCUAUUCAAUAUUCAUCCCCUUUAUUCUACUUGCAUUAGCCUUACAACAAAGCCAGGCAUUUUAUUAUUACCCUUAUUAUUCAUCAUUAUACAGCAUGUACAGUCCGUAUAGUAUGUAUGGAGGAAUGUAUGGUGGAAUGGGAGGGUUAUAUGGUGGCUUAGGUUCAAUGUAUGGUAUGGGUUAUGGAGGAUAUGGAAUGGGUUAUGGAGGUAUGGGAUAUGGUGGAUAUGGAGGUAUGGGAUAUGGGGGUUAUGGAGGACUUGGAGGAUAUGGAAUGUACGGCGGCCUUGGCAGUAUGUACGGAAUGGGUGGAUACUAUCCAUAUAGCUACUACGGAGGCAAAAAGAAGAGAGAAGCCGGAUUAGAACCCCCACCCGUAGAUGAGAAAUAUAAUAACCAGGAGGAAUAAAAAACUGACAAA